AUGAAAGGCCUCCUUCACGAUAGACUCUGGAUCAAGAAGGUUCCUUCUGUCUAUUCUGCCGAACAAGUUUCGAAGUGGUUAUCCAAGAUACAGUAUCCUCAAGCUAAGGCUAUCGAUCCUUCAAAGUUUGAGCCCAAUUUGGACAACCUACGUGUGCUAGUGCGGCACCAUAUAGCUGCUUUUCCUUUUGAAAACACCCCAAUGCAUUACACGCCUGAGCGUACGAUGGAUAUCGGUUUCGACUAUCUCUACCAACGUUUGGUGGUGAACAACGGUGGGAGCUAUUGUUUCGGAAUGAACCGAAUUUUCCUACAGAUGAUUCGCGGCUUGGGCUAUCGCGCAUACUCGGGCUCUGGGCGAAUCAAUACCGGACCACCCGAUUCCCCUCCCAAUUUUCUUCCCUUCACACACAUGUUGUUGUUCAUUCAACCUAUCGAUGGGAGUAACGCCACCUAUUUCGUUGACGCUUCGGGAGGAGGUUCGAGCCUUACUCAACCCAUUUUAUUGGUGGAUGGUGAAAGCGUUAUGGGCUCCACCCCUUCAGAGAAGCAUGUCCUCAUACGGACGGCCAGGUCAGAAUCCAGUCUUGCAAGUUCGCUCUCCGGAGACUCCGAACUCAAGGUGGAAUGGCGUCUCUUGGUCAAUCAUCUCAAAGAUUCUGGAGCCACCUCUACCCGAAUCAUGUACUCGUUCGUUGAAGUCGAAUUCUUCGAGGCGGAUUAUGAAGCUGCCAACAUCUUAGUGUACAACAAGAAAGAAGAUAUUUUCUGGAAUAAUGUCGUUUGCGCAAAGUGUUUUUUCCUUGAUGACAAGCAGAUGGAGGAAAUAGAACGUCAACCAAGUCUUUUCACCGCCAAUGAUGGAGCUAAUGUUUGGGAAAGACCGUACCUCGGGAGACUUGCAUUGGAGGGGCGAACUAUCAAGAGGCAUGUUGGGAUCAAGACAGAAGUUUUGAAAACCAUGGAAUCGGAACUGGAUCGACUGGAGGGUCUGAAGGAGUGGUUUAAUAUUGAUAUCGACCCCACUGCAGUGAAGCACAUUAAAGGGCGUGUUCCCGCUUAUGGGUAG